AUGGCAGUGGGAGGGCAGAGCUGCCGGAAUGCCCCACCCUGCCCCAAGCGGACCUUCUGCAGUGCUUCCCAAUCUUUCUCGGAGCUCAGGCUCUGCUCAGGUUCAGGGAGUCAGUGCCCAGGACCCCAGACCCGAGUCUGGGUAAAUGGGGAGGAGACAGGACUCCAGCAGCCUCUGGGAUCAUUCUCUGCCUCUGCCCAGCAAAGGGGAGAGAGCAACAGAAUAUGGACGAUUCACUUUAAUUCACUUCAACUCAUCAUCCAUUUAUUGAGCAUCUCCUAUGUGCCAGGCAUUGGGCCAGGUGCUGGGGAUGUACACAAAGCCAUAACAGAGCUGGGAACCGCUAGGUCAGCACUGUGGGGAACCAAGAUUUUUUUUUUUUUUUUGGUGCAUCUAAUUCCACCUCUGCAGCUACUGCUUCCAGGGCUGGGGUAG